CGAGUUUUGGACUACAAAUUUUUGUUUUCCGCUGCGUUAUCCAAGCCUCGUUUCCCAACACGUUGUCCCUUGGAUGGUUCCCUGAAGCUGGAAUGGUCCACUUGAGACCGGAUCUGUCCAUUUGAGCGACCUAUUAAGCUGGAACGGUCCACUUGAAGCCGGAUCUGUCCAUUUGAGGGACCUAUGAAGUUGGAACGGUCCACUUGAGGCCGGAGCCGUCCACUGGAUGGAUCCCAAAAGUUGGAUCGGUCCACUUGAGGCUAGAUCCAUCCACUUGAGGGACCUAUGAAGUUGGAACGGUCCACUGGAUGGAUCCCGGAAGUUGGAUCGGUCCACUUGAGGCUAGAUCCAUCCACUCGAGGGACCUAUGAAGCUGGAACGGUCAACUUGAUGCUAGAUCCGUCCAUUUUUGGGACCCAUGAAGCUGGAAUGGACCUCUUGAGGCUAGCCCUGUCCCUUGGAUGGUUCCUAGAAAUUGGAACAGUCCACUUGAAGCCGGAUCUUUCUAUUGGAGGGACCCAUGAAGCUGGAGCGGUCCUCUAUAGGCAAGAGCGGUCCAUUAGAUGGAUCUCUGAAGUUGGAACGGAGGGAGCUCACUACCGCUGCUUGUGGCUCGCCGAAGGAAGGGGGAGUUCGUCGGAGAGGCUCGCUGUUGCCGUCUGUGGCUCGCCAAAGAGGACCACUGCUGGAGAGGACCGCGGAGAGGACCGCCGGAGAGGACCGCAGAGAGGACCUUCGGAGAGGACCGCUAAUGUAGUGGCUUGUUUGGGAGACUUGCUCGAUUUGGUGGUGGACCGACGAAAGGAGUGGAUCGCCGGUGGUGACCGGGAGCGGCUCGCUAGGGUGCUGGAUCGGCUUGCCUCAAGGAAGAGAGGCUCGCCAGUGGCUCGCUGGUGCUCGCCGGAGAAAGUGGGAGCUCGUCGGAGGGCCGCCGCUGCUGUCCGUUGCUCGCCGGAAGAAGUGGGAGCUCAUCGGAGUGCCACCGCUGCUGGAAAGGCUCGCCGCUGGAUCGAUGCUAGAGUGGUUGUGGUUCGCUGCUUGGUCCCGCCGGAGGUGAAGCAUGCUAGAGGGCUUGCCGAUCUGGGAGGAUGCUCACCGACCAUGGUGGAGGGUACUGCCGGCAGCCUUGUCGCUUGCUCGCUGCUCGCCGGAAAGAUCCCCGCAGUUCUUCACGGACCGAUGUCUCAAAUUUGAGCCUCUUCUUCAAUGGAUCUCGACAGGCAGCCAAGAAGUGUAGAAGCACAAUACGAACGGAGUAUCUUUUUCUUUAUUUUCAAUUUGUUUGACUUUUCUCCUCUUCCAAUCUCUCUCUCUCUUCUUUUUUUGUUCCCCAUCCCUCUUUUUCAUUUAUUAUUUUUACCUUCUCUCUCACUUUUUUCCUCCAUUACGGACUCGGAGCACAAAAGUUUUUUGUGACCGGUCCCACGGGUGGUGCCAGUGAUGUAAACCGUUUUUUCGGGGCGUCGACCCGACGAACUCGGUACCAGGUCGGCACCGCACCGAAUAGCGAAAUCCGGAAAUUAAAUAAAUAAAUAAAGUGGAG